GAGAGAGACUCAGUCAGCCCUUCGCCUCAGAGCAGAGGUAGUCCGGGUCCCCGCAGCAUUCAACGACGUCGAGGAGGUACACUGUUCAAACUGUCACCGCCUUGACUUCUCACUUAUACGGUCAAUUCAGGACGGAAACUUGCGAUAAAAGCAACGAGCGCGGCAAGUCACGUGACGCUUUUUUGGGGGAAAUCCAAAGAGACGGAGAGGUUUUUUGUUUUUGUUUUUUUCCAGAAUGAAAAUCAUGUUUUUGCCUUCGUUUUCCAAGAAGAUUUUUACGAGAUUGUUUGCAUAUGUCCAAGGCUAAAAAAAAGGAAAAAGAAAAAUAUAUAAAUGAUAAAAGGAAGCGUCAGCUGAAGGUGGGAAACGGCUCUUUUUUUUUUGAACAAUCGCGCCACACGCCCACAAAGGAGGAAGGCCUAUCUGCUGCGCUCCAGCUCGUGGCUCGUUGGUGAGUCUAUCGCACUCGCCAAGAAAAGAACAAGCCUCCAUACCUAAUAAUAAAUAGAUGUGACUCGGAGUUGGACCACCGUCUUCAAGCCCAAACUUUACUCGAGCGCGACGUGAUAUUCCUGCGAAUCAAUUUGGGCUUUAACUCCCGACCCGAGGAGGCGGAGUCUUAACUUAUUAAAAGGAACUUGCUGAGGUCUGGACGCCAGCAAAUAUGAUGAUGAUGUCUCUGAACAGCAAGCAGCCUUUCGCCAUGGCGCACACCAGCUUGCCCGAGCCCAAGUACUCCUUGCAUUCUUCCUCCUCGUCCACCCUGACUUCCAACGCACCUUCGUCCUCCUGCUCUUCCUCCCGACACAGCAGCAGCAUCAUCAGCAGCAGCAGCAGCUCGGAGGCGAUGCGCAGAGCCUGUCUCCCAACCCCACCGAGCAAUAUAUUCGGAGGCUUGGAUGAGAGUUUGUUGGCCCGGGCUGAAGCUCUAGCGGCGGUGGAUAUAGUCUCACAGACCAAGAGCCACCACCACCCUCCACACCACAGCCCCUUCAAGCCGGACGCAACCUACCACACCAUGAACACUCUUCCUUGCACGUCGUCUUCCUCCUCUUCCUCCUCGGUGCCUAUUUCUCAUCCGUCCGCCUUGGCUGGCCACCACCAUCAUCACCACCACCACCACCAUCACCAGCCCCACCAGGCGCUGGAGGGGGACCUGCUGGACCACAUCACCCCGGGACUGGCACUGGGAGCCAUGGCAGGGCCGGACGGCUCGGUGGUUUCCACGCCUGCGCACCCUGCCCACAUGGCGGGCAUGAACCACAUGCACCAGGCGGCCAUCAACAUGGCCCAUGCCCACGGGCUACCGCCACACAUGGGCAUGAACGACGUGGACGCCGAUCCCAGAGACUUGGAAGCCUUCGCGGAGAGGUUUAAGCAGAGACGGAUCAAACUCGGGGUUACCCAGGCGGACGUGGGGUCAGCUUUAGCCAGUCUGAAGAUUCCAGGAGUGGGCUCUCUGAGCCAAAGCACCAUCUGCAGGUUCGAGUCCCUCACCCUCUCACACAACAACAUGAUUGCUUUGAAGCCCAUCCUGCAAGCGUGGCUAGAAGAAGCCGAGAAAUCACACAGGGAGAAACUUAAUAAACCCGAGUUGUUCAACGGCGCGGAGAAGAAGCGGAAGCGCACGUCGAUCGCCGCGCCGGAGAAGAGAUCACUGGAGGCCUAUUUUGCCAUUCAGCCACGUCCUUCCUCGGAGAAAAUCGCAGCAAUCGCAGAAAAGCUGGACCUGAAAAAGAACGUGGUGCGGGUCUGGUUUUGCAACCAGCGGCAGAAACAGAAACGAAUGAAAUACUCUGCAUGCGUCUAAACAUCGCUCUUCAUAUUUAAAAGAAGAAAAAAAAAACUUUAAAAAAAGACUUGGAACUGUUUAGAGAAGAUUUGUAACAUAUUUCCUAUUUCACAUCAUUUUUCCAAUCAUCAGUGACUCUGUGCUUUGAACUUCGACAAAAUUCCUGAACAGUGACUGAAAAACUCCAGAAAAAAGAAAAAAAAAAGAACUGCGCGUCUCUGGAAAAUGUGGGGACAAGUUUGACGGAUCAAGUAAGACCACUGUUACUAUGUCUCACCUUUUAAACGCAACAGGACUCUUUAAAUUCUAAUUUUUAUGUAUUAUUCAUUUUAAAGUGUGACUUUAGUUUACAAAGGCUUUUUUUUUGGGGGGGGGGGGAGGUCUUCUUUUUGCACAAAAAACGGGGAUAUUUCAUUCCAAGCACUUAUAGUUGUUGACUAAUGUCGUUUCUGUUCUUGGCUUAUAGGAUAAGCUAUUUUCCCCUCCGAGUUCAUGACAAUGCAGUCUGACAUUUAUUCAGGGUCCAUGGGGGGAUUAAGAGGAUAACAAACAACUUGGUCGGGAGAGCUAAUAUUAGAUUACUGCCAGACUAUGUAGCUCCUCUGUAAAUUAAGAGUUUCACACACUUCAUUUUGUGUCUACAUGUGUAAUUGAUUUGGUGUGUUUUUCGUUUUGUCAACACCUCUGAUAAAUCAGGGAUUUAUUUUGGAAGAACUCACAGGGAUUACGGCUGCUCAUAAAGGCCUCCGUGUUUGGAUUUAAAAAAUAAAAGCCUCACUUUUAAAAUUUUUUUUUGCAGUUUAUUGGGGGGCAAUUCAAGAAAAACAUAAAUCCUACCGGUCACAGCAACAGCGUGGGCCGGUUUCUUAUGAGCUAUUUAUUGAGUGAGGUCAUGUUUACUUCAUUAUAUAUUUAUUGGGAUUCCCCCCACACCCCACCUCAUCCCACCCUCCUCGUUUUGCUUGAGAAAAUCAGCGAGUUUAAAGCGUGUUGUUCUGGUUUAAAGGGAAACGACUGCAAAACAGGCAGUCUAAAAAUGUGUUUUUUUUUAAAUGGUACAAUCGAGAUAUAUAUAAGAGACUACUCUCUCUUGAAAUAAUUUAAUGUAUAAUUUCUGCUGUUUAUUUGUAUAAAUAUACUCGCAUCAUUAUGGAGUCCUUGCUCGUUGAAUCACCUUGUUUGAAUAAUGUUUUUUUUCUUGAAGAGAAAAGAAACGGCUUCAUUGGAUGUGUAUGUGUAAAAUGUAAAUAUUUCAUCUGAAUCAGUCGAUGCACAUAAAUAUAUCCGUACAGUUUGGUUUGUUUUUAUUUUUUAUUUUACUGUAUUGCUGUUUUUUAGAUGAGGUUUAUCAUUUCUGUAAUGUAUAUUUUGGUUGUCUGGUUGGAGACUUCCAUUAAUUUAUUACAUCCAUUGUAAAUUUAAUUUAUUUAAUUAUUGAAUUGCAAUAUGUGUUUCAUUAAAGAACAAUCUUUAACAUUUCA